AGAGAGAGAGAAAGAGAGAGAGAGAGAGAGAGAGAGAGAGAGAGAGAGAGAGAGAGAGAGGGAGGUGGAGAAGAAUUCAUGUUGGUAUCAUCUCCAACACCAAGUACUUGGUUUUUUUGAGCAGGCAAAAGGAGCUACUAGGGAUAAAAGACUGGGGAGGAGGGAGAUAAUAAGGUGUCGGCUUCCAUGCUUUGAUAUUAAUUCUCUAUUGCACUUGCGUUAGCCUCCCUUGUCUUCCCUCUUCUUUAUCUGGCUUUGUGCAUUGCUCCUGCCUCCAUCUCUCUUCUCUCUCCUCUUGUUGUGGGGAUGGAAUCAAAUCAACCAAAUGCAAUGGGAUGUGGCGGUAAAGGGAGGUUCAGAAGAAUAUGUGUCUUCUGUGGGAGUAGAUCAGGAAACAACCCCUCCUUCGGUGAAGCAGCUAUCGACCUUGGGAAACAACUGGUAGAGAGGAAGAUAGACUUGGUUUAUGGUGGAGGAAGCGUAGGGCUGAUGGGUUUGAUAUCCAAGACUGUCCUCGAUGGUGGCUGUCAUGUGCUCGGUGUCAUUCCUACAUCGGUCUUGCCAAGUGAGGUAUCGGGAGAAUCCAUCGGAGAGGUGAAAGUAGUUGCAGACAUGCAUGAGAGGAAGUCAGAAAUGGCCAAGCAUGCCGAUGCCUUUAUUGCCCUGCCAGGUGGCUAUGGAACCAUGGAGGAACUCUUAGAGAUAGUGGCGUGGUAUCAGCUUGGGAUCCAUGACAAGCCAGUGGGGUUGCUGAACGUGGAUGGUUACUACGACAGCUUGCUUGCGCUGUUCGACAAGGGAGUGGAGGAAGGAUUCAUCGAAGGGUCGGCGAGGCACAUUGUGGUCUCAGCAGAGAACGCAGAGGAGCUCAUCAGGAGAAUGGAGGAGAACGAGACAUAGCGCAGAGGAGGCUGCAGGAGUUAGUUAAAUGCAUUCAUUUGCUGAAAUCUAGAAGAACAUUUGCUUGUAGUGUUGCAUCAUAUGGCUGGUUGCUACACUAUUAUUAGGUGGGUGGACAGGAAGGUCUUAUUUUGUGGGAGACAGGAGCAGAGAGGGUUGCAGGGUAAGGCAGCGAAUGAUGCGUUGUUGUCUCCACCACCCCAUGACAAGCAUUGGAAGUGGACCAGCUCUAAAAAAGUCUGCCAAAGUUGGGCAUACUUUGAUGUCUUGUUCAUCAUCACUCUGUACAUUAUUAUGGCGCAACAUUACUGCUGCUGCCGCCUCCUCUGUGUCGUGAA